GGGAGCCGCGGAAGGACGGGGCCCGGCUUCCCCCGAGCGCCGCGGGGCUGGAGAGGCGGCGGGGAGCCCCGGCCUCGCGCCCACCGCGGCUUCAAGUUUCCCCCCUGGCUCGGGGUUGUGCAACAGCGCGGGGCGCGGGGGCCGCCGGCGCGGCGCAAAACAAGCCGAGCCCAUAAACAAAGCCACGUGGCCUGGGGCCGGGGGCCGGGCUAAGCGCGGGCGGCUCUUCCGGCAACAAAGCGCCCCGGCCGGCCGCCCCGGAUAAAUACGGCGCCGGGGACCCGGCCCGCCACUCUGGCCGCCGCGCCCGCGCCCCCGCCCGCGCCCCCGCCCGCGCCCGGCCCCGUCCCUCGCUCGGCCGCCCGGUGCGCGCCCCGGCUCGCGGUGCCAUGCCCUUCCUCGGGCAGGACUGGCGCUCCCCGGGCCAGAGCUGGGUGAAGACGGCCGACGGCUGGAAGCGCUUCCUCGAUGAGAAGAGCGGCGGCUUCGUGGGCGAUCUGGGCAGUUACUGCAACAAGGAAGUUUUCAAUAAGGAAAAUCUUUUCAACAGCCUGAACUAUGAUGUUGCCGCCAAGAAGAGAAAGAAGGAUAUACUGAAUAGCAAAACCAAAACUCACUAUUUUCAUCAAGAAAAAUGGAUCUAUGUCCACAAAGGAAGCACUAAAGAGCGUCAUGGGUAUUGCACUUUGGGGGAGGCUUUCAACCGACUGGACUUCUCAACUGCCAUUCUGGACUCCAGGCGGUUUAACUACGUCGUCCGGCUGUUGGAACUGAUAGCCAAGUCACAGCUCACGUCCCUGAGUGGCAUCGCCCAAAAGAACUUCAUGAACAUUUUGGAAAAAGUGGUACUGAAAGUCCUCGAAGACCAGCAGAACAUCAGACUCAUCAGGGAACUCCUCCAGACGCUGUACACGUCCCUGUGCACGCUCGUGCAGAGAGUCGGCAAGUCCGUGCUGGUGGGGAACAUCAACAUGUGGGUGUAUCGAAUGGAGACGAUUCUGCACUGGCAGCAGCAGCUCAACAACAUCCAGAUCACCAGGCCUGCCUUCAAAGGCCUCACCUUCACCGACCUGCCCUGGUGCUUACAACUGAACAUCAUGCAGAGGCUGAGUGACGGGCGCGACCUGGUCAGCCUGGGCCAGGCGGCACCGGACCUGCACGUGCUCAGUGAGGACCGGCUGCUGUGGAAGAAACUCUGCCAGUAUCACUUCUCCGAGCGGCAGAUCCGCAAGCGAUUAAUUUUGUCAGACAAAGGACAGCUGGAUUGGAAGAAGAUGUAUUUUAAACUGGUGCGGUGUUACCCACGGAAGGAGCAGUAUGGAGACACGCUGCAGCUUUGCAAACACUGUCACAUUCUUUCCUGGAAGGGCACUGACCACCCAUGCACAGCCAAUAACCCAGAGAGCUGCUCCGUCUCCCUUUCGCCCCAGGACUUUAUCAACCUGUUCAAGUUCUGAAUCCAGCACAUGCCAGCACUGCCACAGGGAUCCCCCUACUGAUUGGAUGGCUGGGAAGACAGCAUUUGGACUCUGCGUUUGUAAAUAGUGUACAUUUUCGACAGUGGCUCAAAACUUCUGAGAUAAGUCAUUGAGAGGACUUUGGAGGGGAGACGUGCAUUUGCUGGCUGGGAACUUUGCAAAUCUGAACUUCCUGUUAGAAUUGGUAUGGAACAGCAGAAACACUGUCAAUAAACUUUGCUAACCCUAUUGCCAGCAAGAACGGAAGGGUAAGGAUUCUGUCUCAUCGGUGAAAUGCUCGUGUUGUUCCCUGAAAGGCCUUCCUAGUUCCCUAGAGAUGUGGAAGCAAAAGGGCAAAACUCAAAAACAGAAGGACCUGGCAUGUAGCCCAGCAGCUGAGCACUUGCCCUGCGUGUGGGAGGCCCUGGGUCUGAUUCCACACACCAUCCAAAAAACCACUCGAAAACAAGCUAUAGUGCUCUUUGUUUAUAAUGUGAAAAUGUGUUGAAAGGGGGGGGGAUGGGAUGGGGGGAUGGAGAAAACCUACCUAUGCGACAUGCCUGGGCUUUUGAUUUUGAUUUUGGGGUUUGUUUUGAAAAAGCAGAGGAACCACCGCUAUCUUAAACCCACAGGGGGCUGGCUGGGUCCUGACCUUCUGAAGCCGGCACACAAUAGUCUACCUCGGGAAGAAGACCACCACGCUCUCUGCUCUCUCUGACAAAGCGCUUUGACCACCAGGCAGUGUCCGCUUUACUUGUUUGUUUUUUUUUUCUUUCAUCACAUAGAAAAUGAUUUAAAAUAUGAAGAGAAGGGCCAUGGAUGUGUCUUCGUGGUAAACAGAUGCCUUGCAUGGGUUAGAAGCCUUGCACCGUGAAGACUUAGGACGCAGUCACCCUCCUGUUGCAAAUCUCCUCUUCAGUCCUGCCCCCCUUUGGCGGCCCCAGAACAACACAAGCCCUUUCUUUGGGUUUUUUUUUUUUUUUUUGGCCUUCCAGGUUGAAGUUUGUUACGAGCAACAAACGGCUAAUCAAAAGCAGUCCCCCAAGAAGGCCCAGGAGGGGAAGGAGAAUCAGACAGCCCCUGGCUGUGAAGAAUUUCUUAUUCCAAUUUAACUUCUUAACUUGUCUGAGCAUCCCGGGGUAUCUUUAUGGAUAAGCGUAUCUCUGGACGGGAGUCUGGAGCCAGACUGCUGAUAGUAGCUUGUAAGUCAGGUUUUAACAUUAUCAGUUCAGCCACAUUCCCGGCCAUUUCCCCCCUUGGCUGGUGCCACGCUGAAGGGCUCGCUUUCCUUGACAUUCAGCGUCACCCUGGAGUCAACCUGACCGCGGGCGAUUCGCAGGGCUGAUAACCACAAAAAAGCAUUUCAGGGGCUGGAGCGAUAGCACAGCGGGUAGGGCGUUUGCCUUGCACGCAGCUGACCUGGGUUCGAAUCCCAGCAUCCCAUUUGGUCCCCUGAGCACCGCCAAGGGUAAUUUCUGAGUGCAGAGCCAGGAGUAACCCCUAAGCAUUGCCAGGUGUGACCCAAAAAGCAAAAAAAAAAAAAAAAAAAGCAUUUCAGCCAAGCAGGGAAGUGAGGUACCCUCAGUUCUUCCUAAACUUGCCUCCUGCCCCCCACCCCCCUCCCGCCUCCAGGGGAUGCUGCCAGGCAGAUUUCAGCAGGCCACUGCUUAGAAGAAAGGACAUCUUAGCACUUCACUGGGGUCCUUGUCAAAGAUUCCUGGGAAGGGGGGUGGGGGGACAUGUGUGUUUUUUACAUUUUUUUAAAAAAUAGAACUUGGCUUUUCUACAGCAGUGUACAUAUAUAUACAUAUAUAUAUAUGAUUAUUUUUGAAGUUGUGUUUGCUUUUGUGGGGCUUUUGGUUUGGGGGGUUCUUUACAAAUACAUUCACUAUCCCUCAUGCCCAUGGCGUGUAAGGUGAAGCAGAACUGGCAACCACGGUCUCAGGCGUGUUGAUGCGCAGCGUAGCCUGAGGGGUUGAACCCUAGCAGCUGGGGUGUUGGGACGGAUGGGGGAGCCUGGAUGGGAGCAAGCAAAGGACCGGCCAGUCAGCCUGGGCCACUUCCAUCCUUCAUCCUGCACAACCCAAGUCAAAGCUUUCAGGAGAGAAGUCUGCUGCUCUGUAAUCCUCACUUGGCAAAACCUGUGUCUACACUGAGGUUUCUGUAUUCUGCCGUUGUCUCUUCUAAGGUGCAAUUAGUCUCCCUCAUGCAAAAAUUUAAAUGGUAAAGAGUAAGAUCUUAUUGGGGAACAUUCAGUUUUGGAGGGUCAUUGACCACUGUGAGAUCUAAGGUAGGAUAUAAGGGAUUUUGUGGUUGGUCUCCCUUUUCCUCACCAACAUCAGAGUUAAGGUCCCAUUGAAAAUGCUCCAGCGAGAUAGUGAAGAGGUUAAGACACCUGACUGGAAUGUGGCUGCUUUGACUGCAGCCCUGGUUCAGUCUCUAGUAUCACAGAUGGUCCCCUUGGCAACUUCAGGAGUGAUCCCUAAGCACAGAACCAGGAAUAAGCCCGGAACACAGCUGGUUAUCAUCCCUAAAAGAGAAAAGAAAAAAUGUGGGGCCAAGACCGUGGAAUGAAAGGGCUGGUUCUUCCACAAUUCAAACAGGUUCCCAAAUGACUCUGCUUUUGGAAAGGAGAGGCAUGGAGCUGGCUUUGUUGGGUUUGGAAGCAUUGAUUUUAGAAAUUCUAGGUUUAGGGGGUCAUGGCCUUCCACAUCAAUCCACCAAUUUGUGACUUGCCCAGAGGUGGGAACUCCUUGGCUGGCCCGGAAGUGUUGCUGAACAUGACCCAUUUAGAACCAUCUACUAUGAUUCUCGCAUCAGCCCCAGAAGCAAGGGCUAUGCCCCUACCCCAAGUGAUAGGUUACUGUUCUCCAGAAUGUUCAUCUAGAUGGUGCCUCAGGGUUCUCCCCCAUCUCCUAUGGCUUUAUUGGAGUUGGGUGCAACAAAAAGCAAGGAGAAAUUUCAGGGGAAAGAUGCAACCUACCUUUGUGGUUCUCUUUCAUAAGAAGAAGGGUUUAAGGAAGACUCCGCAGGUGGAGAGGGAAAGAGAAAGGACUAGAAGUGGAGCGUGAUGCUGUGAUUUGCAUGAGGGCAGUGGGGAGGGACAUAGCAGGCACAGAGCCUCUGUCAGCACCACAUGGGAGCUAAAACGGGGCCUAGAAACACGUAUAAAUCUAUUUUUUUUAAUUAUUGGAUCCAGAAAGGUAGUACAGGGACACAAGGCCUUCCCUUAUAUGCUUGAGAUCCAGUUCAAUCCCUGACACCAAAUCCAGUCCCCUGUCUGCUAAGGGAUCUCUCCUAUGCACAGAGCAAGGAAUGGCCCUCAGUUCAUUGCUAGGUAUACCCCCUGCCAAAAAAAAUAAAAAAGAUUAUAGUUUCUGGGCAUAAUCACUUAUAAGUUUUCUGUUGCCUAAUUUUCCUAGGACCAAUUGAUCUUUUAAAAAAAAUACCUCUAUCAAAAUGUGUUCUAAACGCUGGAAAAGAUGUGACGAUAGAAAUUUCUGGAAUAAAUAAAAUUUUCUUCUCUAUUUGCUCUAUCCACCUAUCACCAUCCCAACUUUAUAAAAUAGAAUUCAAAAUUGACAUCAGAAGUCAGAUUUUUAGAGAAGACUAGAGUUUGCUCCAGGGAAAUAGGAGCAAAUCCACAGGGCUCUUCCAGUUUGGUGCAAACCAAAGGUGUGCAAGCAAUCAGUGUAGUCUGAGCAUUAGGCACAGCAGGUAGGCAAAGAAGAAUUGUGCCGUUUCAUAGUGCUCACCUGAUACUAAGCUCCAGGAGAAAGCCCGGGGACAUCGGAAACCACAGUGCAUUAGGACUCGGUGCUUUGGCUCUGAGCAGGUAGAUUGGUCACACAGAAAGGAGAAGAGCAAGUGCUAUUAGUUAAUAGCCACCUCAGGGUAACAAGGGAGCAGACAUUUGUCUCAUGAUGAUCAACUUCAUGUUGAAAUGGUGCAGGGGAGGCAUUUUUCAGAAACCGGCUUGAUUUGCAAGGGUGAAGUCAUGUGGGUGUUGCAUUAUGAGCACAGUUCAUCUUUGUGGAUUCUAAUACGGUUCCCCUGAGAAACUCACAAUUCACAGAGGCUCUUUGUUUCUGCUCUCUGUGUGCGGGAGAAAAGAGACGACCUGGAAUUCCAUUUGUCUAAGCAAAUGGUAUGCUGUACAGGGAGGUCAGUUCAACGUGUUCAGCAGUGUGCCGUUCUUAGCUUCAAUAUAUUGUUUACCAUAACAUACGCACCUGAGUUUAUGUUUUUCUGCUGGGCUGUAGGGCAAUGUUUUGCUAUGCAAACACCCUUUUAUAAACUUUUAAAACCAUAAGUCCAUGUGAAGUUUUUUCAUUAAGCUCUAUCAUCUUUUCUUAUGUGGACAUGUGUAUGUGUGCGCUUUCAACUCUCUGAGUCUGUGAACCAUCCUGCCCGUCUGGCUGAAUGCUGGCCUGAACCCCUAUUCAUGUUUAAACAGACCUCAGUAGUAGCCUCUUCAUCUCAACGCAGAGAUGAAACUCUUUGGCGUGUCAUCAUCAAUAAAGCCCUUAAUGUCUUCAACAUUCGAGAUUAUGAUUCCUUUAAAGUUUGCUUAGGUGCCUUCUUCCCCGUUUUGUUAAGGAGGAAAAAGUCACCCCAGUUUUCCAGGCGAUAACUCCUAUCUCUGACUUGGACGUGGGAAGGGAUGUGAGACCCGGUGGAGUCUGGCCUUCCUUCAAAACAAGGGAAUAGGUUCAGAAUAUUUAGGGAACAUCCUUCAGUGCAGACCUGAGCAUACACCCAGGGUCUCCUGUGGCUUUUCCCUGUGCCCUCCUACCCAACCCCACCUCGUCAACCCCCGUGCCAGUGCCUGGCUGGAGACAGAGCCCAGUUGAUUCUUCUCAAGACCUUCACUGUGAAGGCAAGUGUGAUGGAUCCAUGUUGGCUUCAGGCUGUUAAUUCUUCCCUCAACACUUUCCAUCCCUGAUUCUUUCUGGAAAAGUUAAGGAGCUACUUAACCUUUGUACAGACCUCUGCAUAUUGGGGGUGUGGCAUUCUAGUGACAGCAGCCUGCAGCAUUUUUCUUUGACAAAUUUAUCAACCCCCAACCCCCAGGUACUUCCAUUUUAUUUAGUCAGUGGCCCUUCUGAAGCGGAUUAGAGCCAAGAAGUCUGCUUGUUUUCUAGAAACUGAGGUCCUGAGGGUGACCACGCAGGGCUCUUUCUCUCUGCUUACCCUAAAAGGAAUAUUUAAGCCAUCCUCUUCCUUUACUCCAGUACCUGCUGGGAGACCCAGCGAGCCUCUGGAAAAGUUUGAUCUCUGUUAAGCUUCAUUUUCACUAAGCAAAGGGGGUUAUUGUUUCAUGAGGCAGCAAGGAGCAAAGGACCAUAUUAUCUGUGACUUUGUCUGCUAGGCAGUUUUCAAAGUGUUCUUGAACCCUGCCAACAGGGAAAGCUUCCUGAAAAAUCUUUUGAAACAUAGGCCCUCCUCCAUUUGGCCAAAAAUGGAAUAGCUGCUCUAAACGCUAUCCCCAUAUGCUACGUUCUUUCUGGAGUCUGAACAGCACUUUUUCAGUCUUCAAGUAUACUGAAUACUGAACUAGACACAGUCCUUCUAAACAGGAGUUUCAAAUCAUUGUCCACUCUUGAGAAAUCUUGGCACCAUUUUUAUUCUUCCAGGUGCCAGUCACCCCAGCUAAAGAGAGACGUGUAUUAGAGUCCACAUCCAAAAUUUAGAAGCGUUCAUUUUGAAUGAAAAAUAGAAUGGGGGUCAAACAUGUAACUAGAAGUUUAAGCCAACUACAUUCAGAGGUGUUUGGUAUUGUGUGAGCUGAGUCCUGUAUAAAUUAUUUGCAUACUUUUCUUGCAUGAUGAUAUGAUUUUUAUAGUUGUUUGUACCAGACAGUGGCAUAUUUUUGUAAAAUUUUUGACACUGAAUUGCAAUAAAUGUUUUUCCAAUAUUGA